AUGGAUAACCCUGCUGUUGAUUUGGACCAACUUCUUGACAGCGCUUUGGAUGAUUUUCAGAACCUCAAUAUCGCCUCUUCUGCUCAAAGAGGUGUGAGUAAUGAAAAUAUUGAUGAUGGUGAGGGAGGGCAGAAGCAAGAUAGUUCAUCUUCAUUGCCCAGUGGGGGUGUUCAAGGAUUGGGGAUGGGGUUGCCUGAUUUGAAGAGUAAGAAAAAGGGUAAACAAAAGGUAGGAAAGGGGGAGUCCCAUGUUUCUGAGGCUCUUGAUAAGCUAAGAGAGCAAACUAGGGAAGCUGUCAAAGGUUUAGAGUCGGUGACAAGUUCGAAACUUCCACCAGGUGGAGAAAAUUUCGGGAGUGAUGCAAUGAUGGAGGAUUGGGUUAAGCAGUUUGAGGAGCUUGCUGGCUCUCAGGAUAUGGAGUCAGUUGUGGAGACCAUGAUGCACCAGCUUCUGUCUAAGGAAAUUCUUUACGAACCUAUGAAAGAAAUUGGAGAACGAUAUCCGAAAUGGUUGGAAGACAAUAAACCGAGCCUGUCCAAUGAAGAAUAUGAACGUUAUUUCCACCAGUAUGAGCUAAUAAGAGAUCUAAAUCAAGUUUAUGAUAGUGAGCCAGAUAACUUCAACAAGAUUGUUGAGCUCAUGCAGAAAAUGCAAGAGUGUGGUCAACCACCGAAUGAUAUUGUGCAAGAGCUUGCUCCAGAUUUUGAUAUAUCAAAUCUUGGACAAUUGUCUCCGGAAAUGUUGGAGUCUCAACAGAAUUGUGGUAUUAUGUAA